AUAAAUUUGGAAAUUGUGUGUAAUAGCGGGAAACAUGUGAUGGUGUGUCCCACCGCCGCUGAGAAACAAAAAAAAUCUCACUUCUUCUCUCUGUCUCCGACACACCUCGGGACUUUCUCCGACUCUGUCUUCGUCGACUUAAACACUUCAGACUUGUUCACUCUGCUUCUUCUUCUCUUAUUCUCUUGCCGUUUGCUUCUCUAUUUGACUGUUCAUUGUUAGAAAUGUGGCAAGUUGUUCUAGGAGCAGCCAUUGCUGGAUCCACUAGUUUUGUAGCCAAACGGUUCUUCAACCCUUUCUCUCGAGAUUCACGCCUUCCCGAGAAUUACGCUGAAGAGCAGGAAACCCUCACUCCUCCUGUGGGUAUUGGAUUUCUCGAUUCUUCUUUCGACAAAACCGAUGGUGUUUUCCGGUUUUCUAGUUCAGGGUCUGCCGUUAACUCAGGGUCCGGAUUCGGAUCCGGGUCAUCUUCUGGGUUUAGGAAGAUUUCAGGGGCGAAAUGCAGAGUUAGGUUUCGUGGAUUGAUGAAUAAGAAGAAGAAAAAGAAUGGUGGGGGAUGUGAGAUCGAGAAGCGAUCUGCAAAUGUUGGUGCUUUGGAAACGAAGAGUGAGGUUUGCUCAAAAAAGACGAAAACUUUGGGUGCUGCUUCAGCUUCUAAACGCGGAUCAUGUUAUACUAAUCAAGAUCAUUCCUCUUUCAGCUCGGUACUUGGUGUCUGCAUGAUGUAUAUGGUGUCAGCCGAAAAAACUGAAAUCAGUAAGCUGAAUACAGCAACAGAAGAAACUACCAAAGCCAUCCAGGAGCUAAAAGACGAACUUUCUAGGAUAAAAUCUUUACAGUAUUUCAAAUUUCGUGGUUGUGCAGCGAGUUCUGAGAAAUCAAGUGGAAGAUCUAGAUCAGAGAUGGCGAGUAGAGAAUCUCUCGACAUGAAGUCGGGAGUUAAUGGAGAAUAUGCUAGCAGCGUCUUAACUGAGGAGCCAGAACAAGAGACGGUAGAAAUGGAACAGUUAGAGAUGGAACUUGAAUCUGAGCUGCAGAAACUGAAUUUGGCUGAGACAAAUGAGGUUAUGGAGGAAUGUAAGGAUCUGGUAAAUAGAUCUGAGUCAUAUCAAUGUGGUGGUAUAUCGGCAUCAGAGCUGGACAAGAAACUAAGCCACCUUCUCAUCGAACAGCAAGAAGGCCAGAUCAAUGAGCUUGAAGCUGAACUACAAACCACUCAGUCCAAACUCCAAGAGAAAGAAGCUGAACUUCAAGCGCUUAAGGUCUGCGUUAGACGCCUGACAGAGUUUCCUCUGUUGGACCGUUCAGAUGACGAGCAUGAAGAAGACCAGAACCCAAAUCUGUCAGUCUCGUGGAACCAGCAUAACCAAACUGAUAAGGAGGUAAGAAAGCAGAUCAUUGGGACGAAAAGGCCUAUGGAGUCAUCUGUGCAUGUUUAACAAAGGUAGGAACAAGUUUGCAUCUGCACGGGAGGUUCUUUUAUAGACACCAUAGCACCAAAGCUCAGAAGGUUCGUAUCAUCAACUCAUACCAAGGUGGUAAUGUAUGCAAACAAACUAUACUUGACCCAGUAGAUAAUAUAUUCUUGUAUGAUCACCAGAAGAAUCCAAGACUAUCAGAAAUCUUCAUAGUCCUGACUUGUCUAGAGAUUUAGAUUACUAGCUUUAGUAGAAAAGCUAAUGAUUCUGGAUUUGUCAAUAUCUAAUUUCUUUUGUAUUCUCAAGCUGUUGCUAGUGUGUGAGCUUGAUGUUAAGUGCAUAUCCUUUUUGUUGA